CGUUGAAAAAAAUAAAACAUCGGUAAUUGUUAUUGUUAGCUUGUUAGCUAGCAGUCGAACUGGUGAAUGGAGAUAUGACAGAGUAAUAACGUCUUAUUACAUGUGCGCGAUUAAGUUAUUACAAACGUAAAGUGAUGGAGGACGGAAACAGGACUGAUGCUGCUUCCACAUCCAAGAGUCACGCAGGCUCACUCCACCUGCAGACUCCCAAAAACGAGGACACCUAUGAAAUUGCUAUCCCCUAUGAGGAGAGCAACUUUGAGCAGCAAGGAUUUUUCAACCAGAGCGAUCAGAAUUUUGAUGAGUCGCCCCCAUCUGCUGGCCCGUCUCCUGUAAACAACUCAUACAUGGUGAUCACCAACCUGCGGACGCAGCUACAAAUCUCUCUGGAGAAAAAUUCUUGGCUGCAGAAAAGAAUUGAAGAUUUGGAAGAGGAGAGGGACUUCCUUCGUUGCCAGCUGGACCGCUUCAUCUUCUCCACGAAGAGCCAGGGACAGGAGCAGAGUCAGAGCCAGUACAGUAACGGUUAUGAAUCCAGACGAUUCAACUGGAGGGUAAGAAGAGAGGAAGAUCGUCCUGUUGAGCAACAGAAGUCGGAGUCGCAGCAUUUCCCCUCACGUCAGUUUAUCCAACGAAGGUCUGGCCCUCCAACCAUGGUGCCUUCCAAAAACAAUGUCUCCAAUCCUCUAACCAAUCAGCUUGCAUCUAUUAAUGCUUUGUUUAACUCUACACAAUCCCAAGCCCUCUUGCAAGGCCAUAGCCAUAAUACUCCCAAUACCACUGCCAGCGGGAGCAGCAGCAACAGCAACAGUGCCACAAGGUCAUCAAUGAAUGAAAUGAGUGGACAUAGCAACAUAGGUCCAGAUUCACUUUCACUCUUGGGAGAAUCUGAUGAAUACUUGGAGCAGGACGGCUUUCUUGAGGAGGAGGAAAUGAUAUCAGGGGAAGAUGUGAUGCAGGAUACCAUCAACAGCAACAGACACCAGCUAAAGAGAAGGCGGGUCUUCCGAGCACCUAGAGAGCGGCAGAGAGUGAAAGAUGCUGCUGGAGUGCUGUUUCGCUACAAGAAGAUCCUGCUUACAUACCAGCGUCUGAAAAAUAUGUCCAAAGCCUUCCAAAUCCACGGUGUGGACCGCAACACGGUGGCUUCCACCACACCCAUCGCUGAGCUGCUACUGGUGGCCCCAGAGAAGGUGGCAGAGGUGGGCGAGUUCGACCCAUCCAAGGAGAAGCUGCUGGACUACGCCCGGCGCUGCUACACUGCCCUGGAUGAGGAGACACUUAGCAGGGUGCAGGCCCUGAAGAAGAAUAACCUGCUCCUGCCCAUCUCCUACAGGUUUAGACACUGAGGACAGGAGGACAGAGGAAUGGGACGUCUCUCUGGAAAACAGUGGAACUGACGGUUCGGUAUUCAGCUCACCUCCGAGCACAGAGACAUCUGGAGGCUUGAGGAAUUAUAUCUCAGCGUCCCGGGUAUGGCCAAGUAAACUGCGGCUGAGAUCCUUGAUUUCCAGACAGACACUUUUCACAUCUCACUUUUAUUAUCAAUAGGAUGUCAGUUUCUUUGACAAAUCCAUCACCAUCGUUCCAAGAACACUGAGGACGUGGGAGUGUCUGCUGCAGCCGGAAAAGGGAAAAAAACAUGAUUCUCAGUGCUAUAAGAGCAAACAUGACACGUCUGUGAGCUUUAGUGAGUAAGAAUGUGUCUUUACUAUUGUGAUUAUAGAGGAGAUUCUUCAGCUCUUCAGUGAGUGUAAACCAAUUUAACUCGUUCAUGUUUUAGCCUCAGUGUCUGCAGACACACAGACUUUUUCUUUCCUGCACAUCGGGGUCGGCUUGUGGUUAGUCGCUCAUUAAAUGAUUAUCUCGAUUGUUUCAGUUCCUGACAUUUCAAAUAUUUCUUAAGUAUAGCAAUUUUUAUCACUUUAUUUGUGUGCAAUUUUGACACAGUUCUAAAAAUAUGGUAGCGUUCAAUCACAAUGUCUUUGUAUUUUAAAAUCAUAUUGCACUUAAUAGAUUUUAUAGAGUUAUACUGUACUUUUAAAAAAAACCUGGUCAUUUCAUCGUGUUUAAAUUGUUCUGUUAUUUUAUUGUAUUUUUUAUUUUUGGCAUUGUCAUUAUAUCAUCAACCAUUUUCACUUGCCUUAAUGCGUCUUUUGCAAUUUCCUCGUGUGAAACAAGCAACCGCUUUGGUCCACUUUCAGUCCCUGAGCACCCUGAGGAGAAGAGCUCUUUAUCAGACAAACCUGUUUUGACUUUCGGCCUUCAUCAAAGUCAUGAAGGCCACAAGCCGAAACACGUGAGUCUAAUAAAGUUGUUCUCAAAACUACAAGUGUUGCUGGAGCUCUUUGACCUCUUCAAGACUUUCCUCCUUCUCCAUGCACCUUUGAAGUUGGUGAAGUUGUGCCAGAAACCCUCACUCUGCUUCCACCCUGAGGAGAAGGACACAUGCGAACAUGAACUGACUAUAGAAAAGAUUAGUCCAGUGUUAUGUGGUGCAGAUGCAUUUUUGUCAGAGACAUACUUCUUGCAUCAUGUUUCACUUGUUUUUAGUUAAAAAUCAAAGACAGAUGCGUAUAGUAUGUUGGUGAUAUUGUAUGUGUUUGACUCAUAAUGACACCUGUUGGUUUUUGGGCCCAGAUUUAACAACAACACUGCUGCAUUACUCUGUUAUUCCACUGAGGGUUGUAUUGACCCUUUUUGUAAAUGAUCUGCACUAAAUUACAUUAAAUGUCACUUCUUAUGCUUCUGGUA